AUAAUUUAAUUUCUCCUUAAACCUCCUCCUGCCCGGUUUCCGGUUAAUUACAUUCGAAUCACCGGGUCCUUUUUAUGAAAAUGGCAUCUUCUACUGUUGACAUCGAAGCCCCUCGAUAUGACCAGGGAACAUACAAGGGAAGAGUUUUACACUUUUUAAGAAUUACUAACCCUUUUAACAUAUGUACAUCAAAACAACGGCUUCAAGAUUCUAAACAAAAACUCGAAGAUUACAAAUCGGGUAAGUUAAAACUUGGAAAAGACGUGAGCGAAGAAGAGCUAUGGGAAGCUAAGUAUCUCAGAGAUAGUGCAUUCCAUCCAGACACCGGAGAUUUACAGUUUUUUGUAGGAAGAAUGGCAUUUCAGGUCCCCGGAAAUAUAAUUGUAGUCGGAGGAAUGACGACUUUUUAUAAGAGCACACCAGCCAUACUUUUUUGGCAAUGGGUCAAUCAAACUUUCAACUGUAUUGUCAACUACACUAACCGAAAUGCCUCAAUCCCACUCAGCAAUACGCAGCUUAUCGGCGCUUAUCUAGCUGCUUGCUCUGCUUCGAUGGUUGCUGCUCUGGGUUUAAAUAGGCUUGUAGCAAGGAAGCCUGCUUGGCAAAGAGGCCUCAUGGGACGCUUGGUACCCUUUGGAGCCGUGGUUAUCGCGAACUGCUUUAAUAUACCUCUUAUGCGACAGGAAAGUUUGCAAUUUUUUUAA